AGUCAUUGUGAACUGUACUUUACACACAAGCUCCCCACUGGUCAAAACUUUUUCCUACUUGAGUAGUCCUCUUCCCCUGUUACGCAGCUUACGCUUAUUCAUUUACACCAAACUGCCUCAGUCACUUUCCUAUGGCAGGGACUUUUCUAUCAAAGUUGAUCCACAUUUGUAAAGCCAUCCAGCUCCCCAAUGCCUCUUAUUAUAUAGAUUCCAUUUCCAAUAAGAGAGAUUAUAAUACUAGAGAGCAGUAGAGGCUGGUCUCUUUUGCCUCCAUAGUUGAUAGUUAUACCUCUACUUGCUCAUUCCUGGCUCAAAAACAUGGAUCUCAAAGGCCCCAAAUACUAUGAAGAUCCACCGGUCUUCCCAGCUCAACAGGAAGCAACACUAGUAGAGGGCAACAAUUUUUUCUACAGCACGGGAACAGAGAACCCCUUUCUGGACCAUGCAAUCCAUGAACCUCUGUGCAGACUCAAUCUAAAGGAAACUUCUGAUUUUGUCAAGUCAUUUCCAAUGAGUAGCAAUGGAGCGGAGAGCCGAGGUUUCUUGGACGUGCCGGCUCAGAAAAGGAGAGACCUGGGACUGAGUUCGUUUUCAAAGAGGAAUAAUGCAGAUGCCCCUCCCACACCAGGCAGGCCAAUUUUUAGCUUUAGCGUUGGCAAUUUGUCAAGAAAGAGUUUCCCUUCCAAGUGGGAAGAUGCUGAGAAGUGGCUCAUCAGUGGCAGCUCUUGCCAUGACUCCCCAGCUCAUUACCACGGCUCAAGGCCUCCGUUGCAUCAGUUUUGCUCCUCAAAGAUGUCCAAGCAUUGCAGUAAUGAGUUUAAGCCACAGCAGGCUCAGCCUGAGCCGGAGUUGUUUGCUGAAAAAUCAAGGGUCAUAAUAGAUGAAAAGGUCUCUACAGUUGUUACAACAGCAGGCCUCCAGGGGCUUUUACCCCCUUUCGGCCAUCAUAACUCAUCUGCUGGAGCUUUCAGUGAAGGGUCAGCCUCAGCUGCAGCAGCAGACGUACUGCUAAAAGAUAAGUUCACAAACGAGGCGGAUCCUAUUUUCCCCAGCUUUAAAUGCUCAGAACCAAUGAAAGAAGGAUUUUUAUUUGGAAGUGCAGCAGGAAAAUCGACCAAAGAUGCAGCAACAGAGGCAGUGAAGAAUGAGGUCAAGCACAGGGACAUUGGAACAGAAAUGACUCCACUUGGGAGUUCUACCACUUCAAGAUGCCAUACUCCAUUCAAAAGUACGUCGCCCGUGCGCCACAACACUCCUGCCGAUAGGUCUGGUCCAUUAGUCCUGUCGAAUUCCAGUAGCACCACUACCAUUGACAUCACGCAAUUGCAAGAGUGCCAUUUAGCCAAGUUGCAGUUUGGAACAGCGCCAUUUGAUUCUGUUACGUCGAAUUGGAGCUCGAGGGAAGAGGAGGAAGAGGAAAUAUCAAAGAGCUUGAGGCACUUUGAUCUAACCAAUGACUGCAGGAAGAGUUUGUCGGAGUCCAAGGCUUAUGCAUGGGAAGAAGAAGAGAAGGCCAAAUGCUGCAUUAGGUACCAGAGGGAAGAAGCAAAGAUUCAAGCUUGGGUGAACCUCCAAAGGGCAAAGGCAGAAGCUCAAUCAAGAAAACUUGAGAUGAAAGUAGAGAAGAUGAGAUCAAAUUUGGAGGAGAAAUUGAUGAAGAAGAUGGCAAUUGUCCAUAGAAAAGCUGAGGAGUGGAGAACUGCUUCCAGGCUUCAACAUUCUGAACAAAUACAAAAUGCCAAUGAGCAAGCCCGGAAGAUUACCAACCGCCAAACCUCAUAUAUCACUAGAAACAAUUCCUGUGGUUGCUUUCCCUGUAAUAACCAUCACAUUUAGACAACUAGCAGGUGCAGCAUUUGUACCUCAAGCAAUCUUAGGAGAUAAAAAAAAAUCCAGCUAGAAAUGGUUCCUUCCCCUAGCUCUUCCCUGCUACAUAAACAUCUCUCGUCUCAGUAAAAAGGGCAGGGAAGGGUAAUUAUGUUGUGGAUACAUGAGAAAUUAUAUGUUGGAUUGAGUAAAUUAACUUUGGAUGUGGACUAGCAUUUAGGUAGGUUCUAUUUGUUCUUGAAGGUGAAGCUGGUAGAAUCCUAAAUCCCAUGAACCCAAGAUUUUCCGAGCAUUGCUUCGCUGCCUUGUCAGUGGUCCUGAACGUCAGUCACGGGUGCACAAAUUCAAGAACAUCUACCUACCUUUAUGUUUAUUGGUGGAGCAUCUUUUAUUUAUUUAAUCAAGAACAAUCG